AUGGCGGGCAACGAAGAACUUUUCUACGAGAACGAAGAGAUUCCUUCUAUAGUGACAAGUCCAAUUAAAUGCCUGGGCAAGUGGUUUGAUUCAAGCCUACAAGAUCGCCACAAUGUCGAGAAGUUAGAGGAACAGGAAGUGGCUAGGAGUUCCACCCAGCUUUACCAGUAUUGGACUCCACGGGAGGAGCAACAAGUUACAGCUCCCGCUAUCUUCACUGCGACAGAGUCUGUGAGCCAGGCAGAGAACGCGCUCAAGCACAAAGAUAUUGUCGGAGUGACUGCUGUUGGACGUGAAGGAAUUGGUGCGAGAAAGGUGGUACUGUGGAGCCGAUCAGACCAGAAAGAGAGGCGUGCGAUGAUCCAGUCUGAGGUCAGGAGAGCAGAAGAAAAUGCCAGAAAAGCAAGGGCUGUAGAAAUGGGAGCGCAGGGAGCAUGUACCACAUGGGAAACCGCAGACAGGAAGUUGCCCUUGGGAGACAUCUGGAAGUAUGAGCCUUUUGGGUUUUCCUUUCUUUUCAGGUCUGUCUUUGACCUACUCCUAUCCCCAGCGAACUUGUGCCGAUGGGGACUCGCAGAAGAUCCAAAAUGCAGCCUGUGUGACAGAGUAGGCACCCUAGAGCAUGCCCUGUCAUCUUGUACUACAGCACUGACACAGGGAAGAUAUAGAUGGAGGCAUGGCUUGGUCCUCAGAGAGUUGGCUGACUGGCUAGAGAAGGAACGAAAGAAGGAACGUGGUAGUUACCCCUGCCAUGGGCACAUCGCUUUCGUCAAAUCGGGUGAGACCAUGAAGAUACAGAAACCAACAAAAGCAUCAAUUCUUGAUGGCACGAGAGACUGGAAGAUGGAAGUUGAACUUGGUAGAAGGCUUGUUUUCCCAAACGUGGUUCAGACGACCCUACGACCAGAUAUUGUACUGUGGUCAGAGACAGGAAAGAAGCUCGUCACCAUAGAGCUGACAGUACCAUGGGAAGCAAAAUGUGAAGAGGCUUACGAGCGGAAGAAGGCAAAGUACACAGAACUCAUGGAUCUGUGCAAGCAACAAGGCUGGCGUACUUGGCUAUUUCCCUUGGAAGUUGGCGUUAGAGGGUUCUGUUCGCAGUCCGUGCACAGGCUGAUGACAGCAGUAGGAACUACUGGCAGGGAGAGACAAGUGGCUAUUCAGAGACUGAGCCAAGCAGCUGAACGGGCAUCAAGCUGGCUGUGGCUGAGACGAGAGGAGAAGAGCUGGAGGCCAUCAACCAACACGCAGUGA